GUGUUUGGCCGAACUGCUGCACUCCCCGUUACGCGCUCACAUGGGCUUGGCACUCUCAGGUCUGCAGGCUGCUGUCGUCUUCUCCCAGCCCGAGCAGUGCUUUUUCGUUUCCUGACAGACACCCGGAAUGACAGCCGUCCCCUCCGCUCUUUGGGAACAUCUUCUAGGAGACUUAAGCCAGCUUUUUCCGCCGUGGUGCUUCCUCUAAAAACCGUCUUGGUCUGCUUGUUAGAAUAAAGAGCUGCAGUAAAGAGAGACAGAGCCUCCCUUCUUCAGCUGCUAGACACCAGGUAUAGGAAGGAGCCUGUAAUGAUGCCCUGGGAGGCUGGCUGGUUUUAUGAGUGAACACUGGCACUCAGCACUCACCAAGCUAGGCAUCACACCUCUGCGUCAGACUGGACCUUAUUAAUUAACUUCCCAUGACUCUUAUCCUUUCUCUCUCAGCCAUCUAAUAGACCUGACACAACUGGUUCACAGCACUUCUGACUGCUACUAUCAAUGCUGGUCUUUGGGUUAAGGUCGAAUACUGAGGUGGAAUCCUAGUCUUAUAUAUAGAGGGAAGCAUGUACUGGAGCCAAGGAUUGUCUUCUGACGAAGGAACUAGUCUAACUGUUACCCUCAUGUAAAACUACAGAACCAAAAGGCUGAAAGCCCAUAUUAGUGUUUUUUUGUUUGUUUGUUUUUUGUUUUUUGCUUCAGUCAUCAUGAUGCUUUGUCACUAGCCUUUUUCUACAUGUUUAUGGAACAGGACCAAAGUUGGUGCUGAUAACACUCAAGAAAAGCAUUUUACUUUAACCAUACAAACCACCACCUGCCAUGGAUUGCCUGUGUCCGGGUGAAGAUGUAAGCCGGACGCAGGCCUGCAUCAGCAAACUGUAGCAAUCUGGAUUCUCUUCACCUUAUUUCCUGUUCACUCUGGAGAUAUUUUUUAUAGUAUUUGGAUGAGGGAUGGAUGUACCAGAAGCCAGCAAACAUGGCAAGCAGUCGACAAGUCAAAAGCUGGAGGACCAGAAAAAGAUUUACACAGACUGGGCCAAUCACUACCUGGCCAAGUCUGGUUGUCCACGCCUCAUCGAGGACCUGAGCCAAGACGUCACUGAUGGAGUCCUGCUGGCACAGAUCAUCCAGAUCAUAGCAAAUGAGAAGGUGGAAGAUAUCAAUGGCAGCCCCAGGAGCCAGUCACAAAUGACCAAAAAUGUGGACGCUUGCCUCAGUUUUCUGGACACCAGAGGAGUGAAUGUACAAGGGCUCUCAGCAGAAGAGAUCCGGAAUGGCAACCUAAAGAGCAUCCUGGGCCUCUUCUUCAUUCUGUCGCGCUACAAGCAGCAGCAGCAGCAACAGCAGCAGUACUACCAGUCCUUGGUGGAGCUCAGCCAGCAGACCAGCAACACCACGCCAUCUACCAGCAGCCUCAAAACACAAGAGAUGCAGUCCAGUCUCACAGCACGAUAUGCAAGUUCUCCGGGCCACAGUGGAAUAGGGUCACCACAGAAAAAAAACACAAGGUUACCAGGGCCCUCCAGGGUACAUGCUGCAGGCAGCGGGGCCUCCAGGAGCCCAGGCUCAUCCAACCUCAAUCGUCGCAGCCAGAGCUUCAACAGCAUUGACAAGAGCAAGCCUCUUCAAUAUGCCAGUGGCAACGAUAGAGAGGCUGUGAAGGGUAUCCCGGUACCCAGUGGAAUGAAUGGGAGCAGUAUUGGUGGACCAGUUCCUACCAGUCUCAGUGGGCAGCAGCUGGCCUCUGCCAUCCCCUCACCCACUGCUGGCAAGUCUUGGCGCAGCAAGUCCAUGAAUCUAAAGCACAGUGCCACCUCGUCCAUGCUGGCAAGCCCUACACUUUCACCCUCCAUCACCCCUUCACCUCAGGCCCUGGAAGGUCCCCAGUCACACGGAAGCGAUGGGUCAAAAGUAGGCUCGGCUGUCGGUGGUGGACCCCAGAGGUCUAUGCUGGAGAAGUUCCGCCUGAUUAACCCUAGAUCAGCUUCACGAGCAUCACCAUCUGUGGCAGAGAUGGCUCUGCAGGAAGAGGAUGACCUGUCAGAAUAUGGUGAGGAUGUGUUGACACCCACAGGGUCAGUGUGCAGCAGCGGCAGUAGCAGUGCUACAACCACACAAAUGCCUACCAAGACCCAUACAUCAUCCCUCACAGCACCUAGCAAGACAACUUCAUUUUCAAAAUCUUCUGGCAAUGGCAGUAGGUCUGUGGCCACAUCCAAAGACAAGGAAGACAAAAGCAAGUCUGGGAAAUCUUCUAAGGACAGCUCUCCACCAAAAGAAGACCGUGAAUUAUUUGUCGACUCCACCAAGAAGACUUCUAAAAUUGCCAGCCUCAUCCCCAAGGGAGGGAAGCCAUCAUCGGGGAAGAAAGAUGGCGGCACCUCCUCAGCUUCAAGUGGCAUCCCAAAGCCAGGACUUAAAGCUCCCUCAGCGUCGACAGCAAAGUCUCAGAGUCAGUCCCAGACCCAGAGUCAGGCUGCUUUAAACAGCAGUGGCAACAUGCGGGGUGGGGAGGGAGACAGAGGCAAGCUGACAAAAGGAGGACAGGGUGGAAGUUUCUACAUACAGCGCUCCACUGGGGCCCCAGAGGGCAAACGGACCAGCAUGACCUCCUCCACCAGCACCUCAGCCCUGUCUGGGUCCAGUGGAAUGCUGGGAGGAGGAGGAGGAGGUGGAGGAGGAGGUGGAGGAGUGCUUGGAGGGAACGGAGUAGUUCAGCUUCCUCAGCAGCAGCAGCACAACCACCCCAAUACUGCUACUGUGGCCCCCUUCAUGUACAGGACAUUCUCAGAAAAUGACUGCACAAUGGUGGCCCCAGCUGACCCCUGCCUCAGCCCAACAAAGGGAGAGCUGGUCUACAACAAGACAGCCAAACAGUGCCUGGAGGAGAUAUCAGGAGAGGACCCUGAGACAAGACGCAUGAGGACAGUGAAGAACAUUGCUGACCUGCGGCAAAACCUUGAGGAAACCAUGUCCAGUCUACGUGGGACACAGAUCAGCCACAGUACGCUAGAAACAACCUUUGACACCACAGUAACCACUGAGGUCAAUGGGCGGAGCCUCCCAGCUCUUGGUGCACGCUCCUCCCCCAUGGCCUGGCGACUGGGCCCAACACAAACCCCACGUCUCCAGGCAGGUGACUCCCCCUCAAUGCCCAGCGGCUAUGCUGCACCUAGAGCGAGCUCAUCGAGCACUGGCACCACCACAGGGCGCUGCAGUGGGCACUCAGAACCCUCCAGAUACCUUACAGAUGGCGGCCUCCAUCUGUAUGCACGGAAUGCAGGCCGAGCCUCAGAUGUGGUUUCAUCUUGGGAGAUGUCCCAGAGAGGAGGCCACGAAAUGCAGGGUGACAUAGACAGUUGGGACGACAGCAGCUCAGUAAGCAGCGGCCUGAGCGACACACUGGACAACAUAAGUACUGAUGAUUUGAACUCGCCUGCCUAUUCUGCUGUCAGCUCAUCACGCAAAAGUAGGGGAGUGCAGUCCCAGAGAGGAAGCAGAUCCAAACAUGCAGAGCAGCAGGUGAGCAGCAGCUGGGCUGGAGCUGAGGACCUGAAGAAGGUAGAGGAGGAGCUGGAUGUAAGCAUGGACCCCAGCAGUAGCUCCUCCCGGUGGAAGCCUUCCUCAUCCUCCUCUUCCUCCCAAGCCUUGGGCCAGUAUGAGGAUGCUGGUUCAAAGGCCACUGCCUUGGCCCAGAUUUCCCAGACAGGCUCGUGGAGGAGGGGCAUGACAGCCCAGGUGGGCAUCACACCACCCAGGACCAAGAGCACCUCUGCCAGCCUGAAAACACCAGGCAAAACUGAUGAUGCUAAGGCCUCUGAAAAGGGCAAGGCCCCUUCCAAGAGUUCAGCUAGCAUCCAGCGCUCACCCUCAGAUGCCGGGAAGAGUAGUGGCGAUGAAGGCAAGAAACCCCCAUCUGGCAUUGCACGCCCACCCACCACAGGCUCCUUUGGAUACAUGAAGAUCCCAGGUCCCACUGGCACCCUAAUAACCUCUAGCGGUGCAGCACUUGCUAGUGGCUCAGCCACCCUUGGCAAGGUGCCCAAAUCCUCAGCUGCCCUUGGUAAGGGCACAGGCAUUGGCAGUGUGCGGAAGACCAGUCUGGAUGGCUCCCAGCCCCAGGAUGAUGGUAUUCUGCUCAGCUGCGGAGGUUCCAAAGUGACCCUGCAAUACCGCUCCCUACCCAGACCGGCCAAAUCCUCUAGUGGAGUGGCAGCAGGGCGCAGCAGUCAUCGUUCCAGCUCCAGCAGCAUCGACUCAAAUGUCAGUGGCAAGUCAGCUGGUGGUGCAGCGACACAAGCGGGUGCCAAACGCAGGGACGGAAAAGUGGCCUCAGACCGUUCCAGUCCCAUCACCGUAAAUCAGACAGACAAAGAGAAAGUGUCAGUGUCAGACCAGGAUCCAGCAGGACUGUCCACCUCCCCAAAGUCCAGCCCCACCUCCACCUCAACAGGCCAGUCAGGCCUCAGGCAGCCUGGCUCCAAGUACCCUGACAUUGCUUCUCCUACCUUACGCAGAUUGUUUGGCACCAAAGCCAGCAGCAAGGCCAGCUCUCCGGGCACGCCAGACUCUGGCAAGUGCCCCUCUAUACUGGGUAGUCCCCACGGCACUCUGGCAAGGCAGGCCAGUCUGGACUCGCCCUCCUCUGGCACAGGGAGCCUGGGCAGCGCUAGUGGCCUGAGUGGUGGCAGCAGCCCAUUGUAUGGUAAAACCCCAGACUUGUGCACUGACUCCCCGGCCUCCAGCCCGGCCUCUGGCCUCUCCUUACCCUCCAGCGCUCGGCCUUGGCCUGCCUGUAGCUCAUCAGCUGGCAGCAAAGACACACUGAGCUGCCAAAGCAUGACCAGUCUGCACACCAGCUCUGAGUCCAUUGAUCUGCCACUGGGCCACCACGGGCCCAAGGUUACACGAACCGGCAGUGUCAAGUCCACCCUGUCUGAGGGCAUGCCUCUUGACAGAAACACGCUUCCCAAAAAGGGACUGAGAUACCCUCCAUCCUCCCGGCAGACAUCGCAUGAGGAAGGGAAGGAGUGGUUGAGGUCCCAUUCAACAGGGGGACUUCAGGACACAGGCAGCCAAUCCCCACUGUCUCCUUCAGGAGCUUCCUGCACCACCACUGGAAAAUACCACUACUCCAACCUGUUGAGUCCCACUAACAUUAGCCAGUAUAACCUGCCACCAGGCAGCAACAGCAUGAGCCGCUCCAACAGCAUCCCUGCCCAGGACUCCUUUGACCUGUAUGGAGAGGGUCACCCACUGGGUGGCAGCGCAACCUCCUUGGAGGAGCGACCACGGGGUAUCAGCCGCUCUGGCUCCUUCCGGGACAGCACGGAUGAAGUUCAUGGCUCGUCAUUGUCUCUGGUCUCCAGCACAUCUUCACUGUACUCGGCAACAGAGGAGAAAGCACAUUCAGAGGGCCAAACAGUCCAAAAUUCUACGCAAAUCAGAAAGCUUCGUCGGGAGUUGGACGCCUCUCAGGAGAAGGUGGCAACCCUGACAUCUCAGCUGGCUGCUAAUGCUCACCUGGUGGCAGCCUUUGAGAAGAGUCUGAGCAACAUGACCUGCCGCCUGCAAAGCCUCACCAUGACAGCUGAACAAAAGGAGUCUGAGUUGGCUGAGUUGAGGGAAACGAUAGAGAUGCUGAAGACCCAGAACACUGAUGCCCAGACAGCAAUCCAGGUGGCUCUCAAUGGCCCGGACCAUCUCCACAAAGACCUGCGGAUUAGGCGACAGCACUCAUCGGAAAGUAUGUCCAGUAUCAACAGUGCAGCCAGUCACUCCAGCAUGGGCAGCCUAGGCAAGGAUACUGAAGACAAAAAGAAAAAGAAGAAAAGCUGGGUGGCUGAUUCCAUCCCAGCUCAGUUACGCAGCUCCUUCAAGCAGGCGUUCAGCAAGAAGAAAACCAAAUCCCAGUCGGCCCAUGAUGAGAUGGAUGAGAUGACCGACUCUCUGUCAUCCUCACCCAAACUGCAGCAUGACAACAAGCAAGGCAGCAUUGCCACACUGCACUCUUCGCCUUCCACCACAGAGCUGUGUGAAUGCACUGAAGCCGAGGCUGAAAUCAUCCUACAGCUGAAGAACGAGCUGAGGGAGAAGGAGCUCAAGUUGACAGACAUCCGCCUGGAAGCACUUAGCUCCGCCCACCACCUGGACCAGAUCCGAGAGGCCAUGAACCGCAUGCAGAAUGAGAUUGAGGUGCUGAAAGCAGAAAAUGAUCGUCUCAAGUCCAGUAGUAAUGCCACACCAACAGCCACACCUGUCAAGACAGCUCGGCCACCCUCUGAGACCUCUAGCACCUCCUCAUCCUCCUCGCGCCAGUCCCUGGGGCUGUCACUUAAUAACCUCAACAUCACUGAUGCCAUCAUGUCAGAUAUUCUGCUAGAUGACAGCUAUGAGGGUAAUUUGCGCAAAGAAGGCAGGAAUGUGCGAAUAGUGGUUACCAUCAGCAGUGGGCCAAAUGCCACUAAGGGUACACAAAGCCAAGAGUACUUGAUUGGGUCUAUAGGUGUGAGUGGAAAAACCAAGUGGGACGUCUUGGAUGGGGUCAUCCGACGUCUCUUCAAGGAGUAUGUGUUUCGGGUGGACCCUCUGACCAGCCUGGGUCUCAAUUCAGACAGCAUCGACUGCUACAGGAUGGGUGAAGUGGUUCGCUCCCAUGCCUCCGAAGUGCCUGAGCUGCUACCUUGCGGCUACCUGGUGGGCGACAACGUCAUCAAGAUCAGCCCCAAAGGAGUAAAGGAGAGCAGUAUAGACAGCCUGGUGUUUGACACGCUCAUCCCGAAGCCCAUCAUCCAGCGAUACCUCAACCUGUUGAUGGAGCACCGCCGUAUCAUCCUCUCAGGACCCAGUGGCACUGGCAAAUCUUUCCUGGCUGCCAAGCUGGCUGAGUACAUCAUUUCCCAGUUUGGGCAGGAGGUGACCGAACGCAAUGUGGCCAGUUUCAAUGUCGACCAAAACUCAAGCAAGGACUUGCGUCAGUACUUGUGCAACCUGGCAGAACAGUGCAACUCUGAGAGAACAGACACAGAGCUCCCCACUGUGGUCGUCCUGGACAAUCUCCACCACAUUGGCUCCCUCAGUGAUAUAUUCAAUGGCUUCCUCAACUGCAAAUACCACAAAUGUCCAUAUGUUAUUGGAACCAUGAACCAGGGAGUUUCCUCCUCUCCUAACCUUGAGCUACACCACAAUUUCAGGUGGGUGCUGUGCACCAACCACACUGAGCCAGUCAAAGGUUUCCUGGGCCGGUUCCUGAGGCGGAAGCUGAUAGAGACAGAGAUCAAUAAGAACAUGCGCAGCAAUGACCUGAUUAAGAUCAUCGACUGGAUCCCCAAGACCUGGCAGCACCUCAACAGCUUCCUGGAGGCACACAGCUCCUCUGAUGUCACAAUAGGCCCCCGUCUCUUCCUGUCUUGUCCCAUGGAUGUAGAAGGCUCCCGGGUUUGGUUCACCGACCUGUGGAACUAUUCCUUGGUGCCCUACCUGCUGGAGGCAGUCAGGGAAGGGCUUCAGCUGUAUGGCAAAAGAGCAGCAUGGGAGGAUCCGUCCAAGUGGGUGAAUGAUACAUACCCAUGGAGUGCCACCUCACUGCAGCAGGAUGGGCAGUCAUUGCUCCAGCUGAGGCCAGAAGAUGUAGGAUACGACAGCUACAGCUCAUCCAAGGAGGGAGCGUCAUCCAAGCAAGUGUCUCAGAGUGACACUGAGGGAGAUCCACUGAUGAACAUGCUGCUACGGCUGCAGGAGGCAGCUAACUACUCCAGCACGCAGAGCUGCGACAGUGACAGCACCAGUCACCAUGAUGACCAGCUGGACUCCUCACUGGAGUCGGCACUAUGAGACCAAGAACUGUGCCGAAAGACACCAGACCUUUGGACCCCCUGAACCUGGGAACCUUUGAAUCUCUAUCACUACCAGACACCUUCCUUAUAGUGCACAGAUAUGUGAUAUAUAUGAAAAGUUUUAUUAUCCAAAAUGGUAUACCACUAUUUAAAAGCAAAUGCCUAUUUUUACAUAGUGAUGGUGCAAUAUGAAAUGAAAUGAUUUUAUGUUUUGAAGAACAGUCACUAACUUUAUCAAAAUUAUAAAAUUCAUACAGGUUGGAUUAUUUAUUUUUACUGACAUGAAAUAGUGAAGUUAGUCCAUUUUAAUGGAAUACAACUUUUCAUAUAUGUGUAGGCAGAAUGUGUCUGAUAAGUGACUUAAUUCCUCUGAAGCAGACUCAAUUGUUCUCAGCCAUGAUGAGCUAGUUUGCUCCAUUCAUUUACCAUUGAAUUUCAAUCUACAAAGUGUCAAAAACUGAGAGACAAAACUGGAAUUUUUUUUCCUUUUUUAACCCAGUUAUAUCUUCAGAUGUUUACAAUGGGGUGGGACAGGUUCUGUUGUUUAUGUCCUUUUUAUUUACAGAGGUGCUUCUCAUAGACAUACAUACACAUAUGUAAAUACACUUACAUAACGGCAGCAGGAGGACACUUUUUUUAAUCAGAGGCUUUAAUUGGUUAGAGCCCUCAUUUGACCAACAAUCCAGCUGGCCAAAGUGUCCUUGAGCAAGGCAGACGUCUUUAACACCUCUGGGGUACCAGAUCUCUGACCACACUUACUGAGGGAGCCAAGUAAUAGGAGAAUACUAGUGUUUUUAUGUGCUAUAAUGCCCUCUGGUGGCCUUACUGGAGACUCUUAGCUCUUAGAAAACAGUGGCUGUGAACUGCUGAUAGUUUCUUCACCUGCAAAUUGGGCUCAUCUCAGAUAUUAGAAUGAUUUUGUGUUUCUGUAUUGUCUGAUAAAGUAAAAAAAAAAAACAUCUUGAUGAACUAGCACCUCAGAAGUGAAUGUUUUAGAGUAGAAUUUAGGGCUAGAAGACACUGUCUGUUUACCACUAUAUUUUUUUUGAACAUUUGAACACUUUUUCUGAACAUAAAUUGUGUACUAUCAGUUCUACACUUCCAUGAUGGCACCAGAUGGGGUUGAGCUGAAACAUUUGCAAGACCUCUACAGCCCAACUAGGAUCACAAGAGUUACAUUAUCAUAACAUACUGACACACAUAUAAACACACUCCUCCUGGCCUCAGCUCAGUCAUCAGGUAAGCCUUGAGGUGCUGGUCUCGUGUCCUGAACCUCCUCAGUGUCAGGCACUGCCAAGCCACUCCUUGCUGCCCUGCAUGCCAACAAGCACAACGAAAACACAGUCUGUGUCAUCCAGCCACAUUAUUACUGUGAAGAAAAACAUGGACAAGUGCCAGUGUUUCACUAUGAUUUACUGCCAUAUGUGCACACACACACACACACACACACACACACACA